AAACGCGUCGUGAAUUUGCGCAAAUUAGCGCAAAACAUUUUCAGCAAGUUCCAACUAAAUUAAUUGGGCCACUUUUUUGUUGUUUUGUGUUUUUCAAGCACUUAAGAUCUGAGCGUGAGCCCAGAAAGGCGCGAAAAUGUUUCGUAAUUUUGUAAAUUUGACAAACAAAUAUAAAAUCAUACGAGGCAUGAUAUCAUAUGGGACCCUGUGGCCGAUUGGCUGCCUAGUCGAGCAGACGCUGAUCGAAAAACGGACAUUCCGCACUUACGACUGGAUGAAAUGUCUGAGAUUCAGUUUAUUUGGCUUCUUCUUUAUGGGACCGACAAUAUAUUUUUGGAUAAGACUGGCCGGUGUCAUGUGGCCCCGCACAGAUAUUAAGUCAUCGCUCUGCAAGGCGAUCACCGAGCAAACCGCAUACGAUCCCAUGGCCAUCAGUUCCUUUCUCUUCUCCAUGACCCUGAUGGAGGGCCAAUCGUUUGCCCAGGCCAAACAGGAGGUUAGCGAUAAAUUUCUGGAUGCCUAUAAGGUCGGCGUUAUUUAUUGGCCCUGCGUGCAGACUGUGAACUUUGCCUUUGUCCCGGCCCGAAAUCAGGUGAUAUUCACGUCGUUUUUCAGCAUGUGCUGGACAACAUUCUUGGCCUAUGUGAAAUUCCUGCAGCUGCAUCCACAUGUCGAUGUUGAUCAUCAUGCCGUGGACAUACACUUUUUGGAAAUGUGAAAAGACAGCAACAACAAGAACAAACUCAUUUUAAGUCCUAAAUAAAUAUCUAUUUAUAUUACAAUUCUGUUUAAAAGUUGAUUUUCCCAAGUUUAAUCCACACUUGCCCCAAUCUAACUCAACUCGACGCUUAAUGACAUGUCAAAAGCAACAUAUAUUUAAAUAUAUACACAUACAUAUAUUAUGUAUCCUAUACCCUGUAUAUUAGGCAGUCAUUAAUUGUUGCUGAUAAAUGAGCUGUGAUAAGUUUUUUUUUAGUUGAAGUAGUUGUAUUAUACGAUAUAUUGAAUGAGGCAGACAAAAUUUUUACCCUUUUAGAUUGUUUUGUUCGAGCCAGUUGACAUGGGUCAUUUUAUUAUACCCUUUAAAAAUGUUUAAAAUGGGCAUAUUCACAGCAGAAAGAAGCACGGAGUUAAGUUCGUACUCAGAGACUUUAAGAUCUCGAGAUACUUUACACAUAUCCAAAGUAUAUCGUUUUUUUUUUUAUCCAGAGUUAAGCAAGAAAGUACUCUCCACAGUUUGGGGCUGCUUGUGUUUUUGUGUAUGUAAGGUAAAGGUAAGGUUAAAAGGUAUCUUCUAGUCGGGCACUAUCGAUUAGAACUGCUCUGUUCUGUUCUGUUUCUACACAUCAUAUUCGAGAAAUGUGUCUGCCUUUGUGGUUUAUUUUUUUAUAGGGCUCGUGGGAGACGAAAUGCCACUGCGCGUUGCAUGUGGCUUAUGCUGAUGGCUGAUGGUGGUGUCAAGUAUUUUACUAUCUAAUAUAUGCUGACAAAGGCUAUAAAACACACAAGCAAUAACAUUUAAUACCCUUGCAGUAAGGUUUAAGAAAACGAUAAAUAUAUAUAUAUGAGUACUAAAAGCCUGCCUUGGACCUGAGCUAUAUGAUAUGGUAGUCCGAUAACUGAACAUAACUACUGAUUUUGGUUAAGAUAUGUGGAAAAUAAAAACAUUUAUGGUUUAGGAUGUGUCGCCGUCUUUCAUGAGAAACCUCAAAUGGCCUCUGACAGGGUUUUAGUUAUUGUGCCUUAAUGAAUAGUUAGCCCAAAAGUAGAAAUAUUUAGUUGUCUGCAGCUGGGAAAGUAUGAUGGGGAACAAAUUUAAAGCUCACAUCUGCAUAUUUGC